CGUUAGGGGCUUGCUCUCCCAGCACCAAAGCCACAAGGCAGCCUUGCAAAGACAGAGCUCCACCAUGCCCGGCUCAGCACUGCUCUGCUGCCUGCUCUUACUGGCUGAGGUGGGGGCCAGCAGAGGCCACAAUACCCAGGAGGGGAAUAAUUGCACCCACUUCCCGGUCAGCCAGACCUACACGCUUCGAGAGCUGCGGGCUGCCUUCGACCAGGUGAAGACUUUCUUUCAAAAGAAGGACCAGCUGGACAGCAUACUGCUAACCGAUUCCUUAAUGAAGGACUUUAAGGGUUACCUGGGUUGCCAAGCCUUAUCAGAAAUGAUCCAGUUUUACCUGGUAGAAGUGAUGCCCCAGGCAGAGAACCAUGGCCCAGAAAUCAAGGAGCAUUUGAAUUUCCUGGGAGAGAAGCUGAAGACCCUCAGGAGGCGGCUGCAGCGCUGUCAUCGAUUUCUCCCCUGUGAAAAUAAGAGCAAGGCUGUGGAGCAGGUGAAGAGUGAUUUUAAUAAGCUCCAAGAGAACGGCGUCUACAAGGCCAUGAGUGAGUUUGACAUCUUCAUCAACUGCAUAGAAGCGUACAUGACCAUCAGAAUGAAAAACUGAAACAUCCAGGGUGUGUGGUGAAUCUACGAUGCCAGGGCUUAGCCAGAGCUCCCUGAAUCUGAUCCGGGGACUCUUAUCGAGCGCAAGCAACUCCUUGGAAAACCUCAUUGUACCUCUCUCCAAAAUAUUUAUUACCUCUGAUAAUACCUCGGUUCCCUUCCUAUUUAUUCACUGAGCUUCUCUGUGAACUAUUUAGAAAGAAGCCCAAUAUUAUAAUUUCACAAUAUUUAUUGUUUUUAACCUGUGUUUAAGCUAUUUCCACAGGGGAUACUUUUUUGUGGUCGUUGAGUGUUCUAAGGGAAAUUAUAUUCUACAAUGGGGUGGGGGAGGGGGUCUUCUUUGGGAAGCCAACUGAAGCUUCCGUUCUAAGGCUGGCCACACUUUAUAGCUGCCGACGUGUUUACUGUGGUGUUCUGUAAUUUCUUUCCUUCCUGGGUUCAGAGCUCCUGACGUAGUUGUGAAUACUCUUACAGGACUUAGGCAAAGAAACGAGGGAGCUCCCUUGGUGAUUAUCCUUCCAACAGCUCAGAGGGAUUCCCCUGACCUCAUUCUCCAACCAUUUUGUUCUUGAAAGCUGUGGCCAGUUUAUUUAUAACCACCUAAAAUUAGU